GUUGCAUCACUUUGUCCGUAACCAUUUUGGCUCAAGCUCAAGUUGAUUACGCGAGCCGGCUUCCAGCAGCCACAUCCAUCCGAACUUAUUCACAUACACUGGCGAGUUCCUCUCGUUCCGUUUGGCCGGGCGGCAGCAAGCAUGGCACCGUGGAUAGCAUUGUUGGUGGUAAUGUUUGCUCACAGCAUGCUCGCUGUGACAUCCAUCACGGUGCACGCCCCGCAUGGGGAGAUUCGCGAUGACAGCUAUAUUGAAGUGCAAGUCUUUGCAGCAGAACUGACGCACGUGCCUGGGAACAGCUCGUCGCGCCAGACCCCUUUGAGCUAUCAGGCGCUGGCCCCUAGCACUUCCUGCUUGACUUGGGGGGUCACCUUCGACUUUUCCACCUGUGUCUAUUUCAGACCCGGGCGGGAGUGCGGUCGUGACCCAUUUCUCUGUGCGAGCCCAGGGAGAUAUUUGUUCGUCGGGCACACUUUCGAUGACUAUGGCAGGAGUCACGGCCACUUCGAGCACAUGUAGCCAGAAUAUCGCAUGUGGAUGCAAGAGGAACUAUUGUUAUUCAUGCACGGCGACGAGCGCUACAUACCCAUCAGGCAUCCCUGGGUGGUAUUGGGGCGCCCAUUCAAUCGCACCUUGGAUGACCGGCGCUAUUACCAUUGACAUCUACUAUUCAAGUGCGACGCCGAGCCCGACGCCGAACCCGACGCCGAAUCCGACGCCGAACCCGACGCCGAACCCGACGGCCUUCCCGACGGCCUUCCCGACGCCGAACCCGACGGCCUUCCCGACGGCCUUCCCGACGGCCUUCCCGACUGCCUUCCCGACGCCUUACCCGACGGCUUUCCCGACGGCUUUCCCGACGGCUUUCCCGACGGCGUUCCCGACGCCCGGCCCGACGUAUCCUCUGGGUUGGCCGACCCCGCAUCCGACGUUCCCUCCUGCAGCUCCCAUGGCUGGAGCCAUGGGCGGUGCCGGAGUGGCUGCCACUGGCGACCCCCAUCUUCAGAACGUCCAUGGCGAGCGGUUCGAUCUGAUGAAGCCCGGCAAGCAUGUUCUGAUAAGCAUCCCUCGUGGAGUGGGCGCUGAAGACGCACUGCUUCGAGUGCAGGCCGAUGCGCGCCGAUUGGGUGGAUCUUGCGCGGAUAUGUACUUCCAGAGAGUGAAUAUCACAGGGACUUGGGCAGAUGCGAACCAAGCUGGAGGGUACCAUUACAGCGCGUGGCAACCUGAUGACAAGGCUCCAGAGUGGCUCGCUUUGGGGUUACGGUUCCGAAAAGUGGAGCUGAAAGUCGUUCAUGGACGCACGGAGGGGGGCCACCUGUAUCUGAAUGUGUAUGUGAAGCAUUUGCGGCGCGCAGGGUUUGCCGUCGGAGGGUUGCUGGGGGAAGACGACCACAAGGACGUAAUGACCCCCCCAGCGGCUUGUGCCGAGCAUACGUCUCUGCAUGAAGUGGCUGAAAGGAGAACGAGCGGACGUGCUCUGGCCUCCGUGCCGGCAGUUGCAAUGGCAACUUUAGCGUGAUCGCCAGUCGCCUUACAGCGUCAGUAUUUAUCUGCGUUCCAAUGGAAUGGAUGGAAUGCCUCUGGCAUCCGAAGGGCACGCUGCUCAGGAAAUGUUUCGCUGUAGCCGCCAGGCCGGGCAACGCCCUACUUUUGACUCUUGGCAGGGGGCACUUUGUCUAGUUUUUGUGACCGCGAA